AUGGCGGCAAGGUUGUUUUCUCGCUCCCUGCGUUCUCUUGCUUCCAACUCUUUCUUCUCUAAGCAAGCUACUUCUCAUAUAAUACCCAUCUCUGCUUCCUCUUCUUCUUCCUCUGUAAUUCAACCAAAGCUUCACAAAAGGAACCUUCUUUUUCCCUCAACUUCUCCCAUCUCUUUCAAUCAACCCAAUUUUACUUGCAUUAGGCUCUUCAGCUCCCAACCCAACCCCAAAGCCGUCACCCUCACCAGCAUCAUCCACGAGCACGCCCAGGCCGGCCGGACCAAGGACGCUCUCGACGUCUAUAGGAAGUUCUUCACCACCGGAAUAUUCCCGGAAUAUGAAACAUACAUUGCCCUGAUCACGGCACUUGCCGCAGACCUGAAACUUGUUGGGUAUGCCAGGGAGUGCGUGCUACACAUGAUGACCAAAACUUUAGACGACGACCCAGAUGUCGGUACUUAUUUGGCCGUGUACGACGGAUUCAUGAAGCAGGGCAAGGCCGACGAGGGGAAGCGGUUUCUGAGGGAGAUUAAAGAUGAGGGCUUGUGUGGAGUUGAUGAGGAGUCUGUCAGGGAGGCUCUCAAGGACAAAGCAGCUGAUGAGGUUCAAGAAGUCAUUGACAUUCUAAUGGAUGACAAGAUUGGCAAGAGCACCAGACCCCUAGAGUCUUUGAAUAAGACUUUCAAAACGGUGGACACCCUUAGCAAGAACAACACAUGUGAGGAUUUGGUGAAGGACGAGGACUUCAUAGAAAAGGUAAAGACAGGGUUGGCGUUUGUGCUGAGAUAUGAGUGCAGUAGGAUGUUUGAUGCUUUGAUAGAAGACGGCCUCACCGAAGAGGCUAUGGAAAUCAGGGCCUCCAUCCUAGACAAGGGUCAAAUACCUCGUAUGGUCUUCUUCACCGGCUGGAUUAACUCCAUCGACUAUGUUCCAGACUGCACAGAGGAGGCUCUUGAGGUGUUCCAGCGGAUGUUAUCUGUUGGGAUCGCGCCCAAUGCAUACACUUACACUGUUCUGAUCAAGGUACUUGUCAAAGACCCCAAAUUCAUUGGUGAUGCCAAGAAGUACUUGCUGGAAAUGGUGAACAAGGGAAUGCGGCCGAAUGCCAAGACUUACAAAUCUGUGGUUGAGGCGUUUGCUGGGGCGGACAGAGUGGAGGAAUGCUGGGAGUUAAUGAAGCAGAUGAAGGCCAAGGGAAUUGAGCUAAAUUAA